AUGCAAGCCCUCGACAUCGUCUACGGCCCCGGCGUCAUGACAGCCUAUCUCAGCCUCCUCUUCGCAGACCUCGUCUUCUCUGUUCUACCCGCUACACUGAACGCGGAAUCGAAACCAGAAACGGAAAGAAAGAGUCGGAUAAAGAGAUCCAUCAGCUUAGCAGUACACCUUUACUACCUCUUCGCCCUACUCCAAGUACUCCUCGCCAUCCUCCGCGGCGCGCCAUGUCUCCCCGCGCCAGCACUUUUCGCCGUCGAUGUGUGGGUUGUGCUCUCGCCGUGGUUCGUAGCAACCGCAAUUAGCGAGCAGAAUGGCAGGAGGCGGUUUUUGUGGGGACUCCCGGGGCUGGUGCUAGACUGCGUUAGUUUGUUUGGUGCGGGUGUGCGGGCGAGGCCGGUGUGGACUGUUGGGUUGUGGGCGUGUGCUGCUGUCAUGUCGGCUAUUCGAGUAGUUUGCUCGCGGGGAAACGGGGGGUUGGGCAUGUUGUGGGGAGUUGCUGGGGGGAGUGUUGUGUGGAGGUGGUGCUGUGGAGAUGGGGUUGGGUAUGGGAUGGGGGGAGUAAGGGGGGCAAUUGGAAUUAUGGCGUCGGAGAGGGGGGUUAUGAAGGGGGAGCAGGUUUUUGCGCGGGUUUUGGCGGGAUGUGUGGUGGGGUGGGUAGGAAAGGAGAUUUGGAGUGUGAGGGAGGUUGUUGCGCAGAUGAUGGAGGAGAUAGUAGUAUGA